GUAGCUAUGGAAACCAGUAAUGGCAGCAUCAGCAUCUAUCGGGCGAUGCUCGUCUCGCAGGUAAUCGGUUAAAUUGUUAUAAUUAACAGCACCGUACGAGUUGAGCGUGUUCUAAAAUUGUCGCAGUGACUCGCGUCAUGUCCCAUUACCUCCUAGUUCACGCGAUGCGACUGACCAGGAUAGUCGUUUGAUAUGAAUCUGAGGACGAAGCGCAGGAUAACUCUCUGUACAGCAUGUUGCUUUUUUGUCGUCACCGGAAUAGAACACGCCGUGAUUUUGCCGUCGUUAUGGAUGUAUCUCAAGGGUCGCUUCCAGUCGCCCGACUAUGCGAUCGCCGUGGUGAUUUCAGCGUGCUGCGUUACAGCGCUGUUCGUGAGCCCCUUCGUCGGUGUGUGGGCCGACGGGACACGCAACGUACGUUCAGUUUUACUGGCUGUCAAUUUAGGACAGUUCGUGGGCAGCCUGCUAUACUUCGCUGGCAUCUCUCACUGGCUUCUCCUCGUUGCCCGGCUGCUAUCAGGUCUGGGCGCAGGAACGGCUGCAGUCAUACUAGCUGAUGCAGCCCGCUCCACAGCCGAGAAAGAUCGCACUGCCACUUUUGCACUGCUGGCAGGCUUCCGUGAACUCGGCAUUAUUGUUGGGUCAUCCCUGCACGUCUUCUUUCAAAAUGAGAAUCUCAGCGUUGGAGUGGUUCCACUCGAUUGCUAUUCCAUCCCUGCGCUAAUGAUGGCCUUCCUCUGGCUACUGGUGGAGGCCAUCUUCUACCUGGCAUACUUCAACAUGGCCCAGCUCAGCCAUCAGCAGAAGCUUGAAGACACCCUACAAUGCAGUUAUUUGGAAGCGAGCAUGGGUAACGUCUCGGAGUGCCUCCCACCGCCCAGUCCAUACCCUCAGCACCGCGAGCUUCCACCCGAGUUGGAUCACGCCGACAGCAUCAGCUACUCUGCAGGAGUGCUGUCAUCGCAUCACCACCACCAGCACCGAAUGAUUCAGGCUCCUCUGAUGUGCUCGCUGAACAACGACCUUGCCAAGAUGCAUCGCAGCCCGCUUAAUUUGUCCCUGGACGAAGGAGACCUCUUCAGCGAUGCCAUGAUCGAGACUGCCGAGAGGUUCAUACUGAGCUCAGAGUCUGCCAACCCUGGUGCCACUAUUAGGAGUGUCCUCGGUGCCCCUUCCAGCGUCAGUGACAUCGAGCAGUCUGCAACCCACUCGCUCUCCGACAAUGCCAGGGCCGAAUCUAUUGUGCCAGAGACGCAGGUUUUGCGUAGGUACUGCUCAGAGUAUAUCAGAGAAGAUACAGUUGUGUUAUUGGCUAUAACCUUUCUGGUCACCUACAGUCAAACAGCUCUCCAGGCUGCUCUCUAUCCUCUGGCAAACGAGAACUACCGCUAUGGAGAGAUGAAAAGCAUUGCUAUAUACCUCGUGUGCGGUGUUGAGGUUCUCUUGGUGUUUGCUGGUAUACGCAUCCUGAGCAGACAGCUCUCGGACAGGCUGCUGCUCCUAGUUGGCCUAGUCUUCACGUGUGUGGGGACUUUCCUUUGGCUUGGCUUCAGUUUUGUUGCGAGCCCAGGAAAGUUUAACUCACUGCCUCUGUUUGUGCUGGGAACUGCCGUCGACUUGUUCGGAAUGCCUAUGCUGACAGUCUGUACAAGUUCUUUGAUAUCCAAGGUCACCAGCAGCAAGCAUCAAGCUGUUAUGCAAUCACUGUACAUGGGCGUAAUGCAACUGGGCUGUACAUUGGGACCACUGUGGACGGGAGGUUCCUUGCAGCACAAGAGCCUGCUCUUUGGUGUGCCAUGUGGCUUAUCGGUCCUGUUCACGAUGCUGUUCCUCGCUUCGUUUCCGCAACUCGGUCAGCAGCAGACGACGAACGAGAAUGGCGAGGAAGCAGAAGAGGGUCAGCGGAGAGAAGAGGUCAAGCAAGAAACAAAUGAACAGCACCAGGACUGCUCUCUCAUAAAUGUGGACUGGCCUGUACAUGGUCACCUGACCUUGCCGGCCAUUACUGUCCAGCGGUUGGCCUUCUCUAGUGAUAUUUUGUGUCAUUGCCGUGUUCUGCUGCUUCCAUUCAAGUGACGGAGCAAACAAGGAAACGAGAAGAUGAUGUUAGUUUUUUUGUAGUGCGACAAAAAAGCAGAGUAGUAUAUUUUGAGAACCUUAAAGGAAUAAAAGGCAGCAAAAUUUCGACAAACAAAUGUGGCC